CAUGCUUUUCAUAAUCAGUUGGUGAGCUGUGAUUCUCGGCAGCGCAUGACACAUCUGGAUACAGGCAGUUGGCUUAAGAGAAGGUGUGUGGCGGCAUGAGAAAUAGAUGUGUAUGAAAGAGAGAGAGUGUGUGUGUGCAUGGAGACUCCUCCUCAUUACUCAGUCCUCGCACAGACAAAUGGAAGAUGGACUGUGAAGACAACUGUGACCAUCAAAUUGAUCCUGUUGCCAUGCACAACAUGCAGUGAAUUUUAGGUGCCUUGGCUUUGUCAUGUAGUCACGAAAUGGCAGCAAGUGGAAAUAAUUGGGAGCAAGGAUGUGAGGAGGAUGCAAGAGGAGGUAGAAGACCUUUCCAGGAAAGCCACAGCCCAGAUGUUCUUCCUAACGUGCUUGGAACGAAGCGCCACCAACCUCGAGGGAUCGUUAUCCAGCUGACGGGAACAGAAGGAGAGUGGAGCAGCCUGGAUGAGAGCGAACUCAUCUUCUCGCUUGAUCACGAUGAGUACUACCCCUCAGUGUCUCAUUCUAUUCAGAAGCCUAUUUCUAGUGAUGGCAGCGUGUCCCAAGAGUUCCACGUUCCACUUUCACCCUCGUCUCCCGGUUCUCUUGGGAAUUGUUCCACUACAGUCCCCGGCUUCCUCUCUCCAGGGCCUUCCUCCCCCACUCAUCGACCCUUGGCCAGUUUGGUAAAGUCGCUCUCCACAGAGUUGGAACUCAGAGAAGCCUCCACCCUUAGACCAAAACCCCUUCUCAGCCUUGUGAAAUCCAUCUCCACCGAACUCUCACGAUCUGAGCCUGAGGUGUCGCAGUCUAAAUCGGACUCCCGUCUCAACCUUCACCUGUUGAAGCAGCUUACGCAACCCAAGACCCGAAGCAGUGGGGACUCUCGGACAGCGCCGCCAUCUCCUAGCAUGCUUUCACCAAGUGGCGAGGGUCUGAAAGGUGGCUUCUUCAAAAUGGAACUAGAGGACACCAAACGGAAACUCUCUGAGGCAGUCCACGAGCCACUGAGCAGUAUGUUCAACAAGAUCAUGAGAGAAGACAGCACGGGAAGCCCCAAACACCAGUUUAAGACUACUCAGGUCAUCUCCAGAGGUUUAGGCAGGGAAAGUAGCACAGAUACGGGGCCCUCGGAAUCUCCUGUGAGGAGCAGUGGCAGAACAGAGGGUGAGAUUUUUGACUGGCCUUCGGUUAGGUAUCCUGGAAGAAGUCCCUGCAGCACGUGCCCUGUGCAUCAUUGCAAAAGUCACAGGAAUGAAGAGCUAGGAUCUUAUUCAGAUGGAGACAUACAGCAUGUUUUUUCCACUGAUACUCACCAACAGACAAAGAGACUGCCUCGGAUUGCAUCACUGCCACUUAGGACCUACCACCCACCUAAUCCUCCACCAUGCAUGAGUUUAUUCUUUGUGGCAGUUCUAUCCUAUGGCUAUUUUACCCUACCUCUGAAUCCAUACUCCUCUGGUCUGGCUUUGGGGCUGGCGUUGGGCUUUUUACUCGGACUCCUGCUUAUAAGAAUGGGCUCUUCCGGGGCUAGACCAUCACUGUCUCUUCUAGGAGAGGAGAUUCUGAGAGAUACCUCCAUUGAGCCUGAUAUCACUAAGGGUUGGAUGAAUGAGAUUCACGAUUAUGACCCAGAAACCUUCCAUGCAGCGCAGACUCACUCUGUGUUUGCUACACUGGAGGGCUCCUGCCUUCGACUUGACACCCCUCAGUCGAACAUCAGUCGCAGAGCCAUGUACGACCAGAGAGUCCACGAGUCCGCUUUCAUCAAGACACGUGCCUACCAGCUGGAGAGGAGCAAAGUUUUCUUGCUGCCAUCUGUGUUGGCUCGCAAGCGAGUGUGGAACUCCAAGUAUCCCAUCUGCAUCCAGCUGGCCAGUAUUUCUCAGGACGACACUGGGCAAAGGUCAGAAGGGAGUCUAAAAGGGGAGCAGCCAGGAUCUGAACCUAAAAGUCAAAGUUUUUCUGGACCCACCAGUGACCCGUGUGCAACUCUUUACCUCUUCGGACGCACGGGACGGGAGAAGGAGGAAUGGUUUCGCCAUUUCUUGCUUGCAUCCAUGAAUGCAGAGCAAGAGAAAGACCACAACCAACCACGGUCUGGCAGAUGUGUUCCUCCAUCGGGUGACCCAGUACUGUCACAGAGUGUCAGCAGUCAUGGUGAUACCCCAUGCAUCAAAGGCUCCACCAGCAGAGUGGGCAGCAGUGAAGACGAUGCUCCCUCCACACCCCCGGUCUGCCCCAACCCUGCAGCUCCUCUCGGUCAGACCUCCAGCAGCGCCACCAGGGGCCUUUCUCUUCUCGACUACCCCGGGUAUAUGGCUCGCCUUCUGGCUGCAGAAGACUCGCCCUCACUCUCAAGCCCCGGCGUUGGCAGCACAGAAACGAGCCCCAAACUCAAAGGAAACUGCUCCUGUGAUUUGGCGGAGGCCUGUGGGAGGAGUUCGACUGCAUGGGUGAACGCUCUGAUUGGUCGCAUCUUUUGGGACUUCCUGAGAGAGAAGUACUGGGCUGACGUGGUUUCCUGUAAAAUCCAGAAGAAGCUCAGCAAAAUUAGAUUGCCUUACUUUAUGAAUGAACUGACCCUGACCGAGCUGGACAUGGGCUGUUCUAUGCCACAAAUCACAUCUACCUCACGGCCAGAGGUUAACCACAAAGGGCUGUGGGUGGAGCUACAUCUGGCCUACAAUGGUACCCUGCAGAUGACCCUGCAGACCAAAUUUAACUUGUCCAAACUGGGUAAAGAGGGUGGCCAGGAUACGGACUGGUUGGCUGAAACUGGAAGCACACGAUGCAAACCCGUCCUAAGUGUGUUGGCAGACAGUGAUGAGGAGUCUUCUAGUGCUGGUUCAUCUGAUGAAGAAGAGAUGCUAUUCUCUGAGCCCCAGGGGCCUGCUGGGGAAAAAGGUCCAGAAGGAACAGGGGGCGGAAGGACUGGAAGGAAGAUUUUGAGAUUUGUGGACAAAAUUACCAAAUCCAAAUACUUUCAGAAGGCGGCAGAGAAUGAGUUCAUCAAGAAGAAGUUUGAGGAGAUGUCCAACACUCCUUUGCUGCUCACAGUGGAAGUGCAAGAGUUGUCAGGGUCUCUGGUCGUCAACAUCCCACCGCCUCCUACAGAUAGAAUAUGGUACAGCUUCUGUACACCACCCAAACUGGAUCUCCGUGUCCGACCCAAACUAGGUGAGAGGGAGGUGACUUUUUGUCAUGUGACUGAAUGGAUUGAAAAAAAACUACAGGAUGAGUUCCAGAAAGUAUUUGUCCUGCCAAACAUGGAUGACAUCUACCUACCCAUGAUGCACUCGGGCCUGGACAGCCCCCAUAUGCCGCCACAGAGCUCUACUGAGUCUGACGAGCAAGUCGCACUUGAGGUCACUGCGACAGAGUUGGACUGUAGCACGACUUAGUAUAAAUAACCAGUGACAGGAAACAAUGAAAAUCACAUAAACUCCUCAUAUAAUAUUAAUAUUUACAAACUCGAAGGUGGGUUAUUUGAGGAAAUGCUCUUGCCGGUGACUUUUGAUAACCAGGACUGACAGUACUGUGCUCUAAAUGGUAAGUCAAUCAAUCAAUUAAUCAAAGUUUAUUUAUAUAGCCCUAAAUUACAAGUGUCUCAAAGGGCUGCACAAACCACGACGACGUCAUCGGCUCAGAUUCCACAUCAGGGCAAGAAAAAAACUCAACCUAGUGGGAUACAAUGAGAAACCUUGGAGGGGACUGCAGAUGUGGGGGCCGGUGCAAUGGAUGUUGAGUGGAUUUAGUUAAUAGUGUGACAGUCCAGUCCAUAGUGGGGCCAGCAGGGGAUCAUCUUGAGCGGAGACAAGUCAACAGCGCAGAGACAUCCCCAACUGAUGCACAAAUGAAUGGUCCACGCCAGGUCCUGACUUUGAACACCUGACGCGUCAUCUGUGGUCACCUGAUAAACUCUCCACACAGGAGAGGGGGGCCGAGCAGAAAAGAGGAGGCAGAUCAACUGGUCUAAAAGGGGGGUCUAUUUAAAGACUAGUGUAUACAAAUGAGUUUUAAGUCAUAUUUUACUAUCUUUUAAUAUUUUAAUAAUGAUAAUCCAUUCAUGACAUAUUAUAUUGGCAUACUCCUGUGUGCAAAUGUUUACAUAGGUAUGACAUUAUUCACUGUUUUGUUAAUGGCUGUUGACAAAUAUUAAACAAACAUUUAAAAAAAGUGAGAGGCUUCAAUGUCUGUGGGCAGGCAAAAGGUCAAGAUCCCGCAAGGCAGCAAGAAGUCCAACGAAAGUCCGGGGAGAGGAGACACACAUCUCAAAUCUAAAAGACAGAGAGGAGCUAAGGGAUGACGACACAGGACAAGACACAAUUAGCACAGAGGAGGGGUAACACAGAGAGCGAGUAGGUACAUGGAAAAGGAAGCUAGAGACAUGUGGGCUUACCGUACACUACAGGUAGCUACGUUCUGGCACUGGAACGCAGGACGCACUGUUCCAAGUACUGUGUGGUGUCCUCAUCAGUGUCAGGUGUGUUGAUUUCUGGGGCGGGUGCUUGAGCCGUAACAAUAAUAAGUGAUUUAAAAUGAUUACCACAAGUAAAUUUUCAAAUUUCAAAGGGAACUACACUUUCUGGGAAUGUUGCUUAUUAUUCACAAUCACUAUGUGAGAAUUGCUCAUAUUAUACAAAGGAACAGUACACUAACAACAUUAAAUCCGACAAAAAACUGUCAAUUAUUCGUCUCAACUCCAGAAGCCUAUAUGCAAAUUACAAAAAUAUGGUGCAUUUUUUGGCACAAUUCAACAGACCCUUGAAAGUGAACUCCGUAUCAGAGACAUUGGUGGAAGCUACGAAAGGAAUAGAUUUAGGACGAGAAGGAUAUGAACUUAACUAUAUCAACAGAUCCAAAAAGAACAGGGGCGGAGUUGCAAUUUAUUUGACAAAGGACUUGCACUAUUACGUGAUAAAAAUAUGUAAUUUGCCAUUGAAAAUACUUUCAAAUGUAAAAUCAUUGAAAUAUGUCAUGAAAAUGGAAAACAUUUAUUGAUCAGCUGUAUAUGCAGAGAACCUCAGUCAAGCAUUUGAGGACUGGAUUAAGGCAACUUUCACUAAUAUCAGUCAAACAGUAGUUGUUAUAUGCGGUGACUUAAACAUCUACAUUUUGAACCCUAACAAGCAAAAGACAAUUUACAGUAUGAGAUUACAUCCUAAAAUCACAAGGCUAAGCAGAAUCACAAGUCACUCUGCUACAGUUAUCGAUAAUAGCUUUACUAAUGUUUUUGACAAUAACACUAAAUUAAACAAUAUAUGGGUUGUACUUGUAUAGCGCUUUUCUACCUUCAAGGUACUCAAAGCGCUUUGACACUACUUCACCAUUUACCCAUUCACACACACAUUCACACACUGAUGGAGGGAGCUGCCAUACAAGGCGCUAACCAGCACCCAUCAGGAGCAAGGGUGAAGUGUUUCGCUCAGGACACAACGGACGUGACGAGGUUGGUACUAGGUGGGGAUUGAACGGUCAACAAGUGUCUACAAGUAGUCUGCUAAUAACCGAGAUCAGCGAGCAUCCACUGGUUUUCAUAAUCUAUGACGGAAAUUACAGGAGGAGAAAAAUGGAUGAUGAAAAGACACUUCAAAGAAAAAUAUGAUUCCAUUCCAAAAAAUGAUCUAAGAGAACAAAGUUGGGACAAUGUGAAGAGAGAAAAUGAUGUAAAUGAGACUAAUGGAAAAUUUUUACUUUCCUGAAACUUUAUGACAAACAUUGUCCAUGGAAACAAUUAAGCAAAAAGCAAAAGAAUACAACGAUGGAUGACAAAGGGAUUGAACAAUGCUUGCAACAAAAAAAUACACUGUAUUGAAUAUUUAUAACACAAAGAUCUGUAGAGGCAAAGUAUAUUAAAAAAUAUAAGAUCAAGCAAACUAGCAUACAAUGCACAUGUAGAAAAGAACACUACAGUCAACUGUUAGACAAAAACAUCAACAACAUGAGAGCAAAAUGGGGCAUACUAAAUAGGAUAAUCAAAAAUGGUGCAAGAAAGAUUACCCUCAAAACUUUUCAGAGGGAAACGAAAAAAAUGACAAUAUAGACUAGGGGUGUCAAACUCAAUUUGCCUGGGGGCCACUGGAUGAAGACACGGUGAGGCUGGGCCGCAAGAAAAGUUUUUUUAUUUUUUUAAUUUAAAAUGCACUUUUUAAUGAAUUCACCUUCUUUGAAUGGCUUUCCGACCCAAGCAACAUACUAGCCAACCCUCCCCAUUUUUACAGGAGACUCCCGAAUUUCAGUGCAACUCCCGUCAAUUUCUCGGGGUAAGCGUUAUUCAAAAAAUUGUCCUGAUUUUCAUCCAGUCAACAAUAUAAUAAGCACUACCUUUAAAGGCCUACUGAAACCCACUACUACCUACCACGCAGUCUGAUAGUUUAUAUAUGAAUGAUGAAAUCUUAACAUUGCAACACAUGCCAAUACAGCCGGUUUAGUUUACUAAAUUGCCAUCCAUCCAUCCAUUUUCUACCGCUUAUUCCCUUUCGGGGUCACGGGGGGCGCUGGCGCCUAUCUCAGCUACAAUCGGGCGGAAGGCGGGGUACACCCUGGACAAGUCGCCACCUCGCAAUUUGAAAUUUCGCGCCGAAGUAUCGUGCUAAAACGACGCGGUAUGAUGACGCGUGUGCGUGACGUCACGCAUUGUAGAGGACAUUUUGGUCCAGUACCGUUUUUUUCUAGUCCCUCACUUACACUUUCCUCAUCCACGAAUCUUUCAUCCUCGCUCAAAUUAAUGGGGAAAUCGUUGUUUUCUCGGUCCGAAUCGCUCUCGCUGCUGGUGGCCAUGAUUGUAAACAAUGUGAGGAUGUGAGGAGCUCCACAACCCAUGACGUCACGAGCACAUCGUCUGCUACUUCCGGUACAGGCAAGGCUUUUUUAUUAGCGACCAAAAGUUGCAAACUUUAUCGUCAAUGUUUUCUUCUAAAUCCUUUCAGCAAAAAUAGGCCAAUAUCGCGAAAUGAUCAAGUAUGACACAUAAAAUGGACCUGCUAUCCCCGUUUAAAUAAGAAAAUCUCAUUUCAGUAGGCCUUUAACGCCCUCUACAACGUCCUCGCUUUCGACUUUACAUCAUGUUAACAGCGUGCCAGCUUAAUUACAUACCGUAAGAGACAUAUGUGGAUGCACGUGAGUAACUGCAAGACAUACUUGAUCAACAGCCAUACAGGUCACACUGAGGGUGGCCGUAUAAUGAAGUUUAUCACUGUUACAAAUAUGUGAACACACCCCAAACAAGAAUGACAAACACACUUUGGGAGAACAUCCGCACUGUACCACAACAUAAACACAACAGAACAAAUACCCAGAACACCUGAAUUUAGGUUGAAAAUGAUUUGCAAAUCAUUGUAUUCUGUUUUUAUUUAUGAUUUACACAACGUGCCAACUUCACUGGUUUUGGGUUUUGUAUAUAUGUAUGAAUAAUUGCAUUUAUGUGACUACAAAUGUGUAUUUCUAUGUACAAUAUAUUUGUCUCCCAGUGUAUGUGGGAGCUAGAGAACAGCCCGAGCAACUCAGAGAGCCCAACCCAAAACAGCAGUUGCGGCACCCUGCAGGGAGCAAGGGACCAGUGGCCCCACGCAGCCAGGAGAGCACGUGGGGCUGCGUGGGGCCACUCGUCACAGGUCACCCCACCCAAGUUGGCUGCGGCUGGCCUAGUUUCAAAUGACAUCUCACGUGUUACAGCCACAAUUCAUGUCAAUCCACCUGACGCAACAUCUCUCCAAAGUGUAAACACCCCUUUUUAACUGCAGACUAAUGAACAGAUGUAAUCUGAUGCAGGUGUCAGCUUUGGAAAGGAAAAUUUACAGGGUGAUUCUAUAAUAUAUUUUUCAAAAUUGAGUGGUGCGAUCAUUUUUGCACUCUGCUCGAUCUAAAAAUGAAACUGUUACUGGCCUUCACAAUUUAUUUUCCUGAUUACUUUUAUUGUUUCUUGAAUCCGGAAAAUUGCCAUGACGACUAUUUUGUGUCAUCUCUGCUUUUUUUCCCCUAUAAAAUUAAACAACUGAAUGAA